ACAAAAUAAUUAUUAAAAAAAUCAAAUGUAUGCCUUUUGUUUAUGAAUCAUUUGUAGGCAACAUGAAACCGCUUAUAUAUUUUAUUAUAAUUCAUGGUGCAAUAGGAAGUGCUUAUAGUUUUAUUGAUUUAUCAUACUUCAGUACGUAUGUUUCUAAUUUAGUCGAUGACAAAGGUGAUGACUGGCCAGAAUCUAGGAUUCCAAAAGAAAUGUGUGAUGAAAAUCAAAUUAUGCUGCAGCUUGCUAAAAUUUAUAUUAUUAGUCCUGAACGAGUUCUUAUACUUUUAACCAGUGAUUCUUUGCAAGAGACUUGUAAGGAUAUAUCUAAAGCAAUGGUAAAAAUCAACAAAACCCAAUCAGGAUGCAUACCAUUGAGUUCAGAAAAUUUGUACAUGAAACUUUUGAAAACACUUAAAUUCUUCGAUGCAAGCUUUUGUCAGAGCGAUAGUCGUUUGAAAAAAAAAAUAAACCAGAUUGGAGAUUGUCUAUCAGAACUACGUGAAGAAUUUCUUGAUUGUGAGGGAUCACCGGACUGGUAUGAAAAUAUGAAUGAUACGAUUCGUUGUCACGUUCUUAACGAUAUUACCAACUGCAUCUAUGUGAGAACUGCAAUGUUAUGUGGUUUAGAGCCAGCUGCUGUAAUUCGAGGAUUCACCAGUGAACUUUUACAGCAAGCCUUCCCGUAUAAAGCAAAGUGUAAGGUAUCAAGAUCGUUACCCAAGGUUCAGGAUCCCAUGCUAGCGUCAUCCGGCCGAAACCAACUAAAUUUAAUUAUUAGUUGUACGCUAUUUAUUCUUAGCAUUAAAAAGAUAUUAAAUAUGUUUUUUUGGCUUUAAUUUUAAAAUCUGUGUUUUAACCAUUUUCAUUUUUCCUAAUCUAAUUUUAAUAAUCAUAUAUUUAUAAUAAAUGUAUUUGAACAAAGAACA